AUGACAACGCCCAGCACUCGUCGCAAUACCAACCGCACACGUUGCCGGCUCAAUGACUGCAACAAAUUCGCGCAGACGCGUGGGCUUUGCAAAGCGCACGGCGGGGGCUCGCGCUGCCGUCACCCGGACUGCCCCAAGCUGGCCCAGAGCCGUGGCCUGUGCAUUGCCCAUGGUGGCGGUCGCCGCUGCAUUAUAGAGGACUGCAACAAGCUUGCCCAGUCCAAGGGUCACUGCAUCUCGCACGGCGGUGGCCGUCGCUGCACUAUUCCUCAUUGCGAUAAGUUCUCCCAGGUUCGUGGCUACUGCAAGGCGCACGCGAAGGUGCUCAUGGUGUUCAGAUCACCGUCGUCUCCUACUCGUGCAGCACUCAUGACGCCACCGGUCUCUGCUAGGUGCAGCCCUAAGACCACCCUGUCUCCGAUGAACUCGAAGUUCUCCAUUAACUUCCUCGUCAACCCUUCGGUACCUAGCAAGACGACGAGAACUCAACUCAAGUUGCCAGCGUAUCAGUCGACACUGUCACCUCCACAACUACCUAACAUCGUAGCGAGCGGACGGUCGCUGUUGUCAUUCCACGAGCCUACAUCGACGACGGUAUUGCCACAGCCUAACGUGAAGUUACCGCCGCUCGCACUCCGACCGCUAGUGCCCUACUUCCAAAAUUAUAUCUAA